UCCAGCAUUUACCUCAAUGCACAGAAAUAUAUGGAUGAGCAGACCGCAGGAGAGCAGGGUCUUCAGAUUCAUCAUUGACUGGUGGCAGUGCCAGCUUCCUGUGCCCACAUAUCACGACGCAGUGUCUGCUGUUCUGACCGGGCAUGAUGGAAAAAGAAACAUGUGCGCAAUGGAUGACGGCCCUAUCCCAUUACUGACGUUACCAACGGCGCCGUACUAUGACCAGAGACCGGGAACCAGCGGGCUGAGAAAGAAGACUUAUUAUUUCGAGACCAAGAGAAGCUACCUUCAGAAUUUCAUCCAGAGCAUUUUCUUUUCCAUCGAUCUCCGGGAUCGUCAGGGAUCAACUAUGGUAGUCGGUGGAGACGGCAGAUAUUUUAAUAAAUCGGCGAUUAAAACUAUAGUUCAGAUGGCGGCUGCAAAUGGGAUUGGUCGGCUCGUCAUCGGCCAGAACGGCAUCCUCUCUACCCCCGCCGUGUCCUGCAUCAUCCGCAAAAUCAAAGCUAUAGGUGGAAUCAUAUUAACAGCCAGUCACAACCCCGGGGGCCCCAAUGGAGACUUCGGCAUUAAGUUCAACACUUCCAGUGGAGGUCCUGCGCCUGAAGCCAUCACUGAUAAAAUCUUCCAGCUCAGCAAGACCAUCGAGGAAUACGCCAUCUGCCCCGACCUCAAAGUCGACUUAUCAACCAUCGGGAAGCAGCAGUUUGAUUUGGAGAAUAAGUUUAAGCCAUUUACAGUGGAGAUUGUGGACUCCGUGGAGGCGUACGGGAACAUGCUGAGGAACAUCUUUGACUUCAGUGCCUUAAAAGAACUUCUCUCAGGACAGAACCGGCUUAAGAUCCGGAUUGACGCCAUGCAUGGAGUUGUCGGACCCUACGUGAAGAAAAUUCUCUGCGAGGAACUUGGUGCCCCUGCAAACUCUGCCAUAAACUGCAUCCCCCUGGAGGAUUUUGGGGGUCACCAUCCUGACCCAAACUUAACCUAUGCAUCAGAACUGGUGGAGACGAUGAAGACCGGAGAACAUGACUUUGGUGCAGCCUUUGAUGGAGAUGGGGACCGCAACAUGAUUCUUGGCAAGCACAGUUUCUUCGUUAACCCCUCGGACUCUGUGGCUGUGAUUGCAGCAAAUAUUUUCAGUAUUCCCUACUUCCAGCAGACGGGUGUCCGUGGAUUGGCGAGGAGCAUGCCGACCAGCGGAGCACUUGACAGAGUGGCAAAAGCUACAAAGAUCGCUUUAUACGAGACUCCGACCGGCUGGAAAUUCUUCGGAAAUUUAAUGGAUGCAAAUAAACUCUCGCUGUGCGGAGAGGAAAGCUUCGGGACUGGCUCGGAUCACAUCAGGGAGAAAGACGGAUUGUGGGCUGUUCUCGCCUGGUUAUCCAUCAUUGCUUCACGCAAACAGAGCGUAGAAGACAUCCUGAAAAAUCACUGGCAAACCUAUGGACGCAAUUUCUUCACCAGGUACGAUUAUGAAGAGGUUGCUUCGGAGGGAGCUAACCAAAUGAUGAAAGACCUGGAGACUCUCAUGUUUGAUCGCUCAUUUAUUGGGCAGAAGUUCUCGGUGGGGGACAAGGUUUACACUGUGGAGAAAGCGGAUGAUUUUGAAUAUAGCGAUCCAGUGGAUGGAAGUAUUUCAAGAAACCAGGGGUUAAGGAUCAUCUUUACCGAUGGCUCCCGCAUAAUCUUCAGACUGAGCGGUACCGGCAGUGCCGGAGCAACCAUACGAUUGUAUAUAGACAGCUACGAGAAGGACGCCGCCAAAAUAUAUGAGGACCCUCAGGUCAUGCUGGCUCCCCUCAUCACCAUAGCCCUGAAGAUCUCCAAAUUAGAAGAACGGACAGGCCGCACGGCCCCGACAGUCAUCACCUAAAGCGCCACCUCCCCAUCAGAAGUGUAUUAUUUUUGUGUAGAUGCCUAUGAACGUCUCCAUUGUAUCCCUGUCAUGUCUGAUCCAUGUCCAUCACACACGUGUAUGUACCGGGGAUGGAGAGCGGGAAGAGUAAAAGUCAUUGGAAAUGGA